AUGAGCUACCCACCUGAUUUACCGUAUUACACUGCCCAAAGCAGCCCUGCCACGGGCAUGUUUAACACCUGCAUGGGGAAACUGCAGCAGCAGCUGUACAAGGGGGAGUAUACUAUAUUCAAGUAUGCACCGAUGUUUGAGAGUGACUUUAUACAGAUCAGCAAAAGAGGAGAAGUGAUUGAUGUGCACAGCCGGGCCCGAAGGGUGACUGUAGGCAUCGUGCGUACCAGCCCCCACCUCACACUACCUGACAUCAUGCUGCUGGCCCGACCUGCCACACUCUCUGAUGACUACCACAGAUCCAACACUGCCACCCAGGAAAGAAGUAACAAGCCUACACAGAUCUUAGAGCUAACCAGACUGUUUCCCUUGAAGCUUGUAAAGAUAUCCAUCCAUAAUAGCACCAAACAACAGCUCCGCCUGAAGCUUGUCACUGGCCGCUCUUUCUACCUCCAGCUGUGUCCCCCUGCAGAUACAAGAGAUCUUUUCAUUCAUUGGGAAAACCUCGUUUAUUUGCUGAAACCCCCAGUGGAGGCUUACAGUGGUACCCAGGCCGUCCCAGCCGGGAACAAACUGGACAUACCUGGGUUUGAGGAAGACAAUAAGAGACUGAUGGCAGAUACUAUUCACUUCUAUCAAGGGGAUCAAGAUGAAUUCAGCAUCAGGAGCCUUCAUAUGAACCCUGAAAUAGUUGACAGCAACCACUUCAGUUACAAUAUGGAGGAAUGA